UCACCCAGGCUGGCAGAGGGCUGAGCAGGGGUGGCGGCCAGGACCCUGGCCAGCGUACAAGUAAAAACUGGCACGCAUGCUGCAGGUUGCUGACCCCUGACCCAGACCAUCCUUUUGUAUAUCACAGGCCACCAGCACCUUCACAUCAGCUUCAAUAACUAGGAUGGUCAGGUGUCUGGUUUUCGACCAGAAAGUCUACUGACUGGACAUCCAAGGUCUGGUUACUGCGGGCACGGGAGGCAGGAAGGCGCUGAAUUAUCACCUGUGCCAGCCCCUACUCAGCCAAGGCUGCCUCCAACUCAGUCCAGUGGCUGCAGCUCCUUGUUCUGGCUCUGCAGGUGAGUCCCUCCCAACCCCCACAGGAAUGGGGGGGGAGAGAAAAAGCAGUGAGCAAGGGAGGAAGGGGAAAAGAGGAGCAAAAGGGUGGCAGGUCCUCAGAGGGAAAAGGCAGGGCAGAGGAGGUUCUAGCACUCCUACUGGAAUGUCCAGUUUUUAAAUAUUACAAAGUUGACACCCUACAUAACUGAAACGAGCCCAGAGUCAAGGAGGCUAGACUGUUAUGUGCCACAGGCAGACAAGAGGAGGGGUUUAGGAGCAGCAGUGCUGGAGGCAUGAUUAAAUGAGAUACACCUAGAUGAUCCAGGCAUGCGAUGGGGCAGUGUAUCCAUCCCAUGUCAUCCUGGCCCCACACCACCAGCCAGGCUUUAUGUCUCCGCCUGGUACUGGCCCAACAAAUAACUCCCUGUGGGUGGUUCUCCCUUCCAGCUUCUGCCAUGCUGGCACUCCUCCCUGCACUGCCCUGCCUGCUGCUGCUCCUCUCCCUGCUAGGCCCUGGCUCUGCCUCCGAUGAUGGCACUGUGGUGCUCACCAGCAGUGGUCCCGUCCGGGGCAAGCACCUCUUAGUCGGCUCCAGCACAGUCACCGCCUUCCUGGGCAUCCCCUACGCCAAGCCCCCCAUGGGGCCCUUGCGCUUCAAGAAGCCAGUUCCCCACAAGCCUUGGAGACACGUUCUUGAGGCCACCAGCUAUGGCAACUCCUGCCCGCAGCAAGUGUUUUCUGGUUACCCUGGCAGUGCCAUGUGGCUGCCUACUACACCGCUGUCAGAGGACUGCCUCUUCCUGAACCUCUGGGUACCCCAGCCCCAGCCCCCCGCUCUGGUCCCCAUCCUCGUCUGGAUCCACAGCGGGGGAUUCUUCCUCGGCACAGCCUCCCUUGACAUCUAUGAUGGGCGCUUCUUAGCCGCUGCUGAGAGCGUCAUUGUGGCCUCCAUGAACUACCGGCUGGGGGCGCUGGGCUUCCUCUCGCUGCCACCAGCCGCCCCAGGAAAUGCCGGCCUGUGGGACCAGCGCCUGGCACUGCGCUGGCUUCAGAAUAAUGCAGCUGCUUUUGGUGGGGACCCAGCACAGAUAAUGCUAUUUGGCCAGAGCACUGGUGGUGCAUCGGUUGCCUUCCACCUCCUCUCACCAGGGAGCCGGCACCUCUUUGCCCGGGCUGCGCUGCAGAGCGGAGUUGCCAAUGCACCUUGGGCUUCGCUGAGCGCAAAGGAGGCCAGGGAGAGAGCCCGGGCACUCGGACGACUGAUGGGCUGUGGCAAGGGCAGUGAUGGUGCUGUAGUAGACUGUCUGAAGAGGAAAGAUUCAGAGGAUUUUGUCCAACAUGAUUUCACCAUCACAAGGAACAAGAGGCUGGUUGAUUUCCCCUUCUUGCCCACGGUGGAUGGGGAUUUCCUCUCUGAUGAGCCACGGCGGCUGCUGGAGGCCGGGCACAUCCACACCAAACCCAUCCUCACCGGCAUCACUGCCAAUGAAGGCUCCAUGUUCCUGAUGUUCGGCGCUCCCGGAUUCAGCUUGGAGAAUGACAGCCUAAUCAGCUGGGAGGAGCUGGUGGAGGGGGUAAGGUUCAUGGUGCCAGGAUUGCCAAAUGUCUCCAUCCAGGCAGCAGCGCUGAGGUACAGCCAAGAGGGGAAGGGGCGUGGCCUGGCACAGCACCGCUGGGCCAUGAACCAAGCUGCCAGCGACUAUCUUUUCUUGUGUCCCAUGACUGAGUUGGCUGGGCAGCUGGCGAAGGCUGGGAUCCCCGCGUAUGUCUACUUCUUUGCACACCGCUCUUCUGGCUCGCUCUGGCCCCACUGGAUGGGGGCGGUGCACACCACCGAGCUACUCUACCUCUUCGGGACCCUGGCAUCCGAGGGGGGAGCCAACCACACACACACGGAGGCCGAGGCGGCAUUAAGCCGUAGGGUGAUGCGGUACUGGGCAGAGUUUGCCAGGAGUGGGAGUCCCACAGGGACAGGCAGGAGCAAGGGGCACUGGCCCCUCUACAACAACACAGAGAAGAACUUCUUCCACAUCAGCAAGAAUGAGUCUCAGGUCAAAGGGCCAUUGCCCACGCGGCACUGCAGCUUCUGGGCACGUCUUGAGAGGAUCUCCGGACCCAAGGGUAAGCGAUGGUGUAGGGAAGGGGAAAGGCAUCAGUUUCACUCACUCCACCAGGGCAGAAGGAACCCUGAGCUGCCUGGUGAGGAGCUCUGAGGGCCAGGAGGGAUGGGACUGGCAGGCCAUAAAGACAAUGAAGAGUUGGGGAAGAAUAAAAUGCAGUCACUUCUUGGGGACGGGGGGCGGGGGGCGGGUAUAGCAGCU